AUGGAAGAUGCUAAUGUCCAGAUCACUCUCUUACUUUGUAAAUUUGUCCACUUUCUUCAAGCUACCACUCAGUAUGUUGUCCAAAAAUGGACACCGGAGUUCAUAAAAAAUGCUUUAAACUUUACUGCUGAAAUAGAAAAUAUAGUUGAUAAACUGAAGGAUGAUGAAAAAUUGGCAAUUAAAUACUUCCUGCAAGGCAUGAGCACUAUUUUCCCACAUAUCUCGUCAUCUCUUUCUGGCUUACACCUUAAAAAUGCAGUUGAUUGGACUAUCGAGAUUCUGUCUAGCAAUCCGUACCUUUCACAAACAAAUCGGGAUUAUAUUUUCGAGUAUUGCUUAGAUACCAAUCGUAAAUUGCCUCAAUUUAACAAGUAUUAUCCGGAGUUGCAUUUAAUACCAGAUGAUUUGUUAUUGAUUGUUGAGUGCCGUUUGUUUGGUUCACACGUCUCCUCACUGAAGACAAUUACUGAAGCAGAGAAAUACUUAGAUUCGUGUUUUGCAUUAGAUGAUGACUAUACUAUACGUUUACUUCUUCGUGUACUAGAACAGUCGGAGAAUUGUGAUGAGUCAGAUGUUGUACGUACUAUCAUAAUCCACUGGUUAUAUAUUGCUAUUCAGAAAAAUCGUGAGGCGUACAUUUCUCUGGCUUCAUACAAUCCUGACCGUUUACGUGAUUUGGCCAUACAAAUCCCUGAUUUUGGGAAGAUUAUUUUAAAGCUGUUUGAUGAAACCGAACAUAUACAGUUAGAAAAAGUUGGUUCACAGGAAAAUAAUCAGUGCACACUAAUAAUGGAAAUAUUAAUUAAUCUAUAUAAAAGAAUUAUCUUCAUUGAUCAUUUAAAUCCUCUCUUGUUAUCACAAAUUAACCGAUUAGCAAAGAAAAGCAAUUCUACAACGAAAUUUUGGAAUUCUUUUUUACUCACCGUAAAUAUGAAUGAAAGUAAUGUACAAUAA